AUGGACGCCAUCAAGAAGAAGAUGCAGAUGCUCAAGCUCGACAAGGAAAACGCCUUGGACAGAGCAGAGCAGGCUGAGUCAGACAAGAAAGCAGCGGAGGACAGGAGCAAACAGCUGGAGGAUGACCUUGUAGCUCUGCAGAAGAAGCUCAAGGGAACAGAGGAUGAGCUGGACAAGUACUCCGAGGCGCUUAAGGACGCGCAGGAGAAACUUGAGCUGGCAGAGAAGAAAGCCGCAGAUGCUGAGAGCGACGUGGCCUCCCUAAACAGACGCAUCCAGCUGGUGGAGGAGGAGUUGGACCGCGCACAGGAGCGUCUCGCCACCGCUCUGGCAAAGCUGGAGGAGGCUGAGAAGGCUGCAGAUGAGAGCGAGAGAGGCAUGAAGGUCAUUGAGAACAGGGCCAUGAAGGACGAGGAGAAGAUGGAGAUCCAGGAGAUCCAGCUCAAAGAGGCCAAGCACAUCGCUGAGGAGGCCGACCGCAAAUACGAGGAGGUCGCACGUAAGCUGGUCAUCGUUGAGAGUGAGCUGGAACGCACAGAGGAGCGUGCUGAGCUCUCAGAAGGCAAAUGCGCUGAGCUUGAGGAGGAGUUGAAAACCGUGACGAACAACCUGAAGUCUCUGGAGGCCCAGGCUGAGAAGUACUCGCAGAAGGAAGACAAGUAUGAAGAGGAGAUCAAAGUCUUAACAGACAAGCUGAAGGAGGUGAGGUUUUACUCCUCUGACCGAGACUCCUGUGACCGAGACUCCUGUGACCGAGACUCCUCUGACCGAGACUCCUCUGACCGAGACUCCUCUGACCGAGACUCCUGUGACCGAGACUCCUGUGACCGAGACUCCUGUGACCGAGACUCCUCUGACCGAGACUCCUCUGACCGUGACUCCUCUGACCGAGACUCCUCUGACCGAGACUCCUCUGACCGAGACUCCUGUGACCGAGACUCCUGUGACCGAGACUCCUGUGACCGAGACUCCUCUGACCGAGACUCCUGUGACCGAGACUCCUCUGACCGUGACUCCUCUGACCGAGACUCCUCUGACCGAGACUCCUCUGACCGAGACUCCUGUGACCGAGACUCCUGUGACCGAGACUCCUGUGACCGAGACUCCUGUGACCGAGACUCCUGUGACCGAGACUCCUGUGACCGAGACUCCUGUGACCGAGACUCCUGUGACCGAGACUCCUGUGACCGAGACUCCUGUGACCGAGACUCCUGUGACCGAGACUCCUGUGACCGAGACUCCUGUGACCGAGACUCCUGUGACCGAGACUCCUGUGACCGAGACUCCUGUGACCGAGACUCCUGUGACCGAGACUCCUCUGACCGAGACUCCUCUGACCGUGACCCACAGGCUGAGACCCGAGCCGAGUUCGCUGAGAGAUCAGUCGCCAAGCUUGAGAAGACCAUUGAUGACCUUGAAGACGAGUUGUAUUCUCAGAAACUUAAGUACAAAGCCAUCAGUGAGGAGCUGGACCACGCCCUGAACGACAUGACCUCCAUAUAA